CUACCGUGUGUUUCAGGUCUUAUUUUCUAGGAUGUUUCUAGCUACGAUUUUUGAUAUUCUGAUAGCAUGCUGUCAAAACCUUUGGCUGGUCAUUAUUGGGAUCUGUCAUUUACUAAGAUAUAUGUUGCCAUGUUAAAGUGACAUUAAAUUUUUGAAAUAAUCAUGGCAGAUUUGACAUUUAUCAAAAUGGAUACGGGUACAUCAGAGAUUGAUGAGGAGGAUCUAAAGAGAAUUUCUGAUGCUAAAAAGGAAGCAAGUAACUUCUUCAUUAUGGACUCAGAACAGCUGGUGUCUAAUCCAUUUCAGACCAUGAAGGAAGAAGCAAUGGACAAUGCCAAAAAAGUAUCAUUGACAGAAAAAUUAACAAGUGUAAAAAAUAAUGUGUGUGAGAACCAUCUCUUAAUCAAAAACUCUAAACUUCAGAGGGAUAUCAGUCACACAUUGAAGCAAAUUCAUAACAACGCCAGUCAACUAAGACACGAAGCAAAAGUCUAUGACAUCAAUAAGAAGAAAACUGAUCUAGAAAAUGCUAAACGUUAUGAACCCUUCAAAGAUUUUGGUUAUGAUGAAAUGCAGUUAAAAAAUCAAACAAAACGACUUGGCAUUGUAUCGCAGUCACACUAUUUAGAUAAGAGACAACAGUUUCCUAUAAGAGGACGUUCGGUCAAUGAUCUACAUCCUAAUGCUGUUGUCAGAGCAGCUCGUCAAAUCUAUCAUCAACGACAAGUACAAAGUCGGCAAGAAGAAAGAAGUCGAAGAGGAGAUAUAUCAACUCCCGGUACGUCUGUUGUUUCAUCUGCUAAAAGUAGAAAAAGUUUAUUGGGGCGAAGAAGAGAUUCUAGAUCAGCACCACCAAUGAAAACACAGGCAUCAUUAAAUUUUGAAGACAAUAAGACAAAGCUUCCGUCGUUAAGUGAUAAAUCAAAAGUUAAAUUUGCUUUAAACAUUAAAACUCCCGAACCAAUGCAAAGAGCAAAAACAUUUCAUCCUGGAAUGCAGCGAAGACAAUCCGUUUGGCAGGAUAGUAGCGAUGAAUAUGAGGAAGAUGACGAGGAGGAGUAUAUAGAUAUUGACAAACUCCGAUCAGUUAUUUUUAGAGACAAAUAUCCAAACCCUGUCAAAAAUGGUUAUGAUACACCUAGAACACAAGCAAGCUUUCAGUCAUCAAAUACAUCAAGAAGACCAACUGAAGAAGACUUGAAAAAACAACAACAACAACUGCAACGCAAAAUUGAUGAUUUUUUUGGACAUUUAAACUCCCAUGGAUCUGAUAUUGAAUCCGAUGAUGAAAUAGACAUUCUUCAACCUGAAGUUAAUCCACCAAUGUCAAAGGCAAGUAUGUUAAUGAGCAUCUUCGCCAAAUCUGUCUCAUCCAAUAAGAAGAAGGAAUCUGAGAAAGACAGACUUACAGUAAAUCAAUUAAAAAUCACAGAACCAGAAAGAUCAAAGUCUUCUUUAUCACAAAGGAGUAAAUCUCCAUAUACCGUCAAAACGGAACCAAAGAAACCUUCAGAUUUGUGGAAGUACAUUAAAACAUCAGUGCAGAGAGGUGAAAUUCAACGUUGUCAAACUCCUAGUAAACUUAUAAUUGAACAAAUGACACAUCUGGACUUAACAAACUCGGAUAAAAAACAUAUUCCACUCAAAUCUGCCAAUAGGGCACUCAGACAUACUCCAACAUUCAAAAUGAGACAAUUAGUUAAGCAAAUGCAAAGAGACAGAACAAAAUAUGAACAGUUUGAAAUAGAUCAAAAGAAAACUAAAAUGGCGGAUGAACAAAUGGACGGAGUAGAAAUUAUGGCAUAAACGUUUUCGAUACAAUUUCCUAAAAUGAACGUAAAACAAUUUCAGUGCUAUUAUUCUUACAUUAAUUUGGAUUAUACAAAAGCUGUGAGUGCUAAGGUUAGUUUCAAUGUUUCUAACAGUCGGAACUCAUGUAACAUUCAGUGUUUAUUAUAUAAAUACAAACAAUAGACUUACAUUUGUACGUUUGUGUACAGACUAAGAGUGAAAGAUGAGAACAGAGUUAUUCAAAGAAUAUCUUAUCAUGUUUGGACAACUGGUUGUAUUUUUCUAACAUUUUUGUACUUUAAUAAAAAAAAAAAAGGAAAAAUAUCAGGUUUAAAUCCAAACAGAUUUAUUUCAUUGUCAUAUCAAUCAUACAUAUGGGUUCAGGUACUUUCAAUCAAUGCCAAAUUUUCAUAUUUUUUUUUUUGAUUAUUGCUAUUGAUAUAGCUGUUUUGUGGUGUGUUGACGAGAUCAAAGAAAUAAAUAGUUGUUUCCCCAAAAUCAAAUUUUAUUGUUCAAAUGUCUCAAACCAUUUAUUCAUAUACAUGUACACAUUCAUUUAUUUGAUGUAAAAACAUGUAUCUACAUAAAUAAUUUUGUAAUACAA